AUGUCAUUCACGAAGUUUUAUCAAAAGAGGAUCGCGGUUGUUGUGUUGAUUUUGUUAUGCUUCCUACUUUCUUUCAUCAACUCACUCUUCAAAGACAUAUCAGACAACCUACUCGAUGACAUAUCUAUAGAAUUGCAAGCAAAAUCCAAAUUUGAUCCGCGAGCCAUCACAUACGAACUCUUUUCGUAUAUUCAGUCAAAAUCCACAUCGUCGUCUCUUGGGGGAAGAGCGCUUCAACGAACCUCCCUAUUAGACAAUCAAAAUGGUAUCUAUUUUCACUGGGAUGACUGGGUAAACUUGUCUCCAGGUAACUCAUACUUGGAAAAAGCAAGAGAAUAUAACCCUGAUGGCGCGUGUGAACUGGGCCUAUGCAAAUUUUCACAGGUAAACCCCUACUUCAUGGAGUCUUACGACACCAAAGUCAAUCGCGCCAUGACCAACCUCUACUGUGUCAAAGACAUUCCAAAACGCAUACUUGUUGCAACUGAUACGGGAUAUUUCGAACUUCCUGUCACGGGCAAGAGAAGAUUGGCACUACUAGAUGCUGAAGAAAAAUUCUCCAAGACUAUCAAGUUUCUUAAAUAUCAACCUGUUCGCAAAUCUAUUGACAUAAGUCCGCAAGAUUUCAAUUUCGACAUCGACAAAGAAAUCUUAUCUUUAAAGGAAGCUUCUGCAAUUCGAGAAAUUCUGGUGGAAGAUAAAGAGCACUUAAAGUUUCUUGAGGCCUCAAAUUUGAUGGUUGAUCUGGCUGACCGCUUCUUCAAGUACCCCUGGAUAUACUCAGAUAUCGUUGCCGGACGCUCGCAUCACACUUCCUUCCCUUUUUUCAAACGCUUCAUUUCCAGCAAGGAACGUCAAAGUGUUAUCCAGCAUAUGGUUAGAGCAUGGUUCCAGUUUUCUGAGACGAGUGGCGUGAACACAUGGGUAAAUUAUGGUUCACUUCUUGGGUGGGCUUAUAACGGUGUAAACUUGCCUUGGGAUACUGACGUUGAUAUCCAAAUCCCCAUUGCCCAAUUGGACAAACUUUCGAGAAGGUUCAACUCCACAAUAAUCACCGAAAAUCCUAGAUACGGAAACGCCAAAUACCUUUUCGAGGUUUCUCCCACAUAUACCCGACAAGGCAAUGGUCGUAAUUUCAUCGAUGCUAGAUUCAUCGAAAUCAACACGGGUCUCUAUAUUGAUAUCAGUGUGUUGGCACACACUGGUGACCAGCCUCCCCAAUCUUUAUUAUCAUCGCUUUCUGAUGAAGAAAAAAUGAGAGCCAUUCCAGUACAUUGCAAAAACUGGAACUGGCACAUUCUUGAUGAAAUUUUACCAAUCAGACUUACGUACUUCGAAGACUCGCCUGUCUAUAUCCCUAACAAUAUUCUGUCAAUAUUACUGCGCAAGUAUGGAUCGGACUCAUUCACCUCAAGACUUCUGUUUAAUGGCCACCAUUACGACAAGCAGCUUAAGCUUUGGAUUCCUGACACAGAGGAUUCUAGGGGAUGUGUUCUCAAUCCAAAUUCUCUGGGGACCCGCGCUUUAUCAAAUGAAUGCAAGUCAAGCUGGAUAGAAGACGAAUUUAAGAUUGUGCACGACGCUGCGAAAUGUCAUGAUAUGUUUGACUCGGACAUCGAUAGGUCUGCUGCAGAGACUGUCCACGACUAUCCCAAAUUAACUUUAACCAGAAAAGAUCCUUACGAUUAUUUUCAGGAUAUCAUCGAAAGAAAAACUAAUGAUUUGGGAUGGUUUGUUGAGCAAUAUUGA